UGCCUAUUUCAGGUGUGACUCUGAGGGCAAAUGCAAUCAACCUGGUGGAGUUCAAUGACACAGCAGUUCUUACGUGCUCUGUGCUCAACGGCUCGUCCCUGUCUUAUGUUUGGCUGAAAGGCAACUCUGAGGUCACAGACGGUGGGGGAGUACAGUUCAGCAAUGGAAAUGCCACUCUCACCAUGGUCGGGGUGACCCGCUAUGAUGAGGGGCCAUUCAGGUGCAAUGUGUCCAAUGGUUUAGGCCAUGAAAUCAGUCUCCCUGUGCGUCUGAACAUCAGCUAUGGUCCAUAUAACACAUCAAUGACGAUCAUGCCGAUGAGGUCCACGUACAAAACAGGGUCUAACAUCACACUGUCAUGCUCAGCGGAGUCCAGCCCUCAAGCGAUGUUCCAGUGGAUGUUUAAUUGGAUGUACCUGAAUAAGUCUGGUCCGCUGCUUCAACUAGAGAGGGUUACAGUGAGCGACUCCGGAACUUACAAGUGCAUAAUUCACAACACAGUGACGGCCAGGUUUAGCAGCGAAAGUGCAAUGAUCAGGAUUGUGGGUAAGGUUGGAUUUGUCGUUUUUUCGAGGGUCCCUUAUGUGUAUUUGAUUUUGUUUCUCUCAGCAAAGGCACUUAGAAUAUUCUUCAGCAGACAA